AAGAGGAAGAAUAUUAGCUAGUAAGGGAAGUGGUGGGCGUUCCGGGUGCUGAGGAGAAUCAGGUCUUAGUUUCGUUUUCACAAUCUCCUGAUGUUUCUUCCUGCGUUAGUGGAGGGUAUGCAUCAGUUUAAGCCGAGUCGAGACCGACUGUACACUACCAGGUGCUGUGGCUGUUGUCAUGUGAGGACGGGAACCAUCAUCCUGGGGACAUGGUACAUGGUGGUCAACCUGUUGAUGGGCAUCCUGCUGACUGUUGCCGUGACUCACCCGGAAAAUGUGCCGGCUAUCGACUUGCAGUAUGAAGUCUUCGAUCAUUACUUUGCUUCUGACAGGAUGUCUGAGAACGCCUGUGUUGGAUUUGCCAUCUCCCUGUUGAUGCUCACCAUCAGCGCUAUGAUGGUGUACGGUGCCAUUACUCAUCGUGACGGGUGGCUCAUCCCAUUUUUCUGCUACCAGCUGUUUGACUUUGCUUUGAGCUGCCUGGUGGCCAUCAGUUCUCUCACCUACCUACCCAGGAUCAAGAACUACCUGGACCAGCUGCCGGAUUUCCCCUACAAGGACAACCUCCUCUCCAUGGACUCCAGCUGCCUGCUGCUCUUUGUCCUCGUCUUCUUCGCCUUCCUCAUCAUCCUCAAGGCUUACCUGAUCAACUGCGUUUGGAACUGCUACAAGUACAUCAACAACAGGAACAUGCCAGAGAUCGCUGUUUACCCCGCCUUCGAGACCCCUCCCCAGUACAUCCUCCCAACUUAUGAGAUGGCAAUGAAGAUGCCAGAGAAGGAGCUGCCUCCACCCUACAUGCCUGCUUAAGCACCCAGUCCCGUUGCCAAAACUCACAAGGUCAUAUGCAUUCCUACAUUCCCCCGUGACCAGUUUCUGAACAUGCCUACUCCGUCCAAUGAUCCACUAUUAUACGUGUGCAACCACUGAGCUUCAACCUACCCACUGUGUUCCUGUAGAGAGGUGGAAGAGUCUCUGAAGUGUAUGGUUGUCAUGGUUUUUAAAAAAGAAAAAAAAAACCCAAUCAAAAAGCACCCCCUCCACCCUGUAGGCUUUUUUGUCUUAGCAAAGAGGAUAAAUGUGAAUAUUUCAUCACUUGAAUCCAAUACUGUCCUAUCUUAAUUAAUAUGACGUAUAAAUGGGGAAAAAAGACAAUCUACUUAAAGCUCUUAUUGUUGAAUUUUUACGUUCCCUGAUUAAUAUCCAACUAUUUUCAUCAGUCUUGAAUGGACUUUGUAGCACUUUUGUCUUAUUUAUUUAGCUUUGCCGUGGUUUGUUUCACACCCCUCUGACCUCCUGCCUUCUGCUCGCAAAGCCAGUGUUUAGUUUUCCAGCUGAGACUGAAAGCAAAAAAAAAAAAGGAAUAAAUUGCAUUGCUGCUCUUCUAUCACCCAACAUCUGGAGCCAACAGUGAACAUUGGUGACUGCAUGCUAAUCUCUCAUUUUACUGGUAAUUAAGUUGAUCCGAGUGGAAAAACAGUUCAAUAAAUGUUUCAAAACAUAAA